AUGUUAUACCUAAUCUUUCCUAAACUCUUUGAGUUCUACAAGUUUCUCAGCUACCUUUUACACAGCGAUUAUUGUGUUGUCAACGAUAUCAAACAAGUAGAUGCUUACGAGUACAGGAUCUUUUUGUACCGGUUGGACAGGUCAAAGCAACGACAAUCCUCUCUCCAACUUCCAAUCUACCUUAUCAACGACAGCGACAUCAACUUCUACGGCAUCUUCUCCAAACUCGCAACCAACCCUGACCACACAUACAUUCUCAUUGGUUCCUGUGGCUCUGGAAACUUAGAGGACUUUGGGAACCUCCACGUUGUGGAACGUGCUGUCAAGGGCGACCGCGGCAGGUUGGACGCCCGGCAGUUGUUCACCUACGAAACCGAUUCAAAAAAGAUCACUUCGCGCCAACAUUGUCUCUGGCCUGCGGAUAUGAAUUCCUUCCACCAAUCUGGAAUGGAACUCCGCCAAGCCUGUUCCACCAACUUUAUGAACACCAACAUCAUAACCGAAUCUUUCAAGAAUUACCUCUUCGAUAUGGAGACCUUUGACUUCUACGAUAUUUGCACCAACCAAAGCAUAUCCAUGUACUCAUGUGUCCGUUUCGUUACCGACUACGUAAUAGACUUGGGAAAGUCGGAGCCUACUACCGAUGUAUACUAUGGAAUGGUCUCUUCCAAGAAAGCUAUUGAGGAUCAAUUCCCAGAUCAGCUUUUGGAGAAGCUCAAGGAUCUGCCCCUCAGUAGCGCCAAGAAACUCAUUCGGCUCAGGCUCAAGUUCAAUUUCGACUUCGUCUUCAAUCUGCAUCUCGAGAACAACUUACUCAAGACCGAUCACCCUUUCAAACCAGCAAACGUGGAGAAGUACUACGAUUACUUCAACAGAGAGUACCGGAACAAGAUCCAAACGGUUCUCCCAGACUUCUUGCCGACAGCUGGAGGAGCAAAUAAGAAUUUCCGUGAUUCGGAGGCUCUACUCGACCUGGAAAACAAACAGACUCUGAUCAAAAUUAUUCAAACAGGUUAUCAAACAUACGAUAUGUUAUCCAAGUACUUUACCAGUCCCCCAGGUAAAGAUUAUCCCAAAGGUGAAGCUCCCCUCUCAGGUAGCUUGGAGUAUGAUGAUGGCAUGGAGAACUUUGAAGAGACACCUGCUUCAGUUGACCUAAAGAAGUCGCCAGAUUCCAACAUCUCUAUUUAA